UCUCUCUCUCUCUCUCUCUCUCUCAUAUUUCAUCCUCUCUCUCUCUCUCUCUCUCUCUCUCUUUCUCUCUCUCGCGCAAAGGGAACAUGCGAUACGUUUCCCCCUGGGGUUUGGAAACGCGAUCGUGCGGCGGAGUCAUGGCUGAGCUCCGGGACCCCGCGAUCAAGCUCUUCGGCCGCACCAUAGCGGCGGUGGCGCCGCCGCCUAUGCCAACUCCGGCGGCGGCGGCGUCCGACGAGGUGGAGCCGCCGGAGGAGUCGCCGGAAGUGGAUAAGGUUAUCAGCAAAGAAGUAGAAAAUACAGAAAUCAAUGAUGUGAAACAAGAUGGACCAGAGGUGAUAAGCCACACUGAGCAUGACAACUCUUCAGGUCCGAGCAACGUCAAUGAAGAUGGCCACCGAGCAAACUCUGAAGACAGUAAAUCAACAGAAAAUUCGAAAGAGCAAGUUAAGACUGAAGGUGAUGAUCCGGGCCAAGAGAAGGUCCUCAAGAAGCCUGACAAGGUUCUCCCUUGCCCUCGUUGCAACAGUAUGGAUACCAAGUUCUGUUACUACAACAACUACAACGUCAACCAACCCCGACACUUUUGCAAGAAUUGCCAGAGGUAUUGGACUGCUGGCGGAACCAUGCGGAACGUCCCUGUGGGUGCAGGGAGGCGUAAGAACAAACACUCUUCUUCUCAUUAUCGUCACAUUAUGGUGCAAUCUGAUGGACCUGAUUUGGUCCAUCACCAGACUCUUCAAUGCGGUCCCGCUGUCCCUGUGAGGCCUGUCAAAGGUAAUGGAACUGUACUACAGUUCGGGCCUGAAAUGCCGCUUUGUGAGUCCAUGGCAUCUGUUCUUAAUAUUGGAGAACAGGGGAAGAAUAAUAAUACUGAUGAAAACCGGGAGGAGCCAUCAUGUGCUUCCUCUGUGACAGCUACAAAUAUUGCCGAAAAUGGACCAACUAAAAGUGCUUUUCACAAUGAACAAAAUGGCAUGCAGGGCUACUGUAACGGAUUUACUCUCCCUCCGUGUUACCUUGGACCUCCUUUUAUCUACCCUUGGGGUCCAGGAUAUACCAAUGUUGCUUGUGGACCAGAGAAUGGCAAUCCAGGCCCAACUGCGUGGGCCCCUCCUCCUGUGAUGCCUCCCCCCGGCUUCUGUGCAUCCACCAUCCCUUUCCCUCUUGUGCCAGCUUCUUUUUGGGCCUGCCUAUCUGGUUGGCCCAAUGGGCCAUGGUCCAUGCCAUGGGUUGGAUCUAAUGGUGGUGUUUCACCUUCAUCCUCCACAAGCAAUAGUAAUUGUUCAGGAAAUGGAUCGCCAACCUUAGGAAAGCAUUCGAGAGACUCUAGCUUGCAAGGUGAGGAGAAAAUGGAAAAAUCAUUGUGGGUUCCGAAAACUCUCAGAAUCGACGACCCAGAUGAGGCGGCAAAGAGUUCGAUUUGGUCUACUCUUGGAAUUAAACCUAACAAUAAGGGUAUAUUUAAGCCCUUCCAAUCUAAGGUUGAAAGCAAAGGUCAGACUUCAGAUAAUGCUCACGUCUUGCUCUCAAACCCAGCGGCAUUUUCUCGUUCUCAGUCUUUUCGGGAGAGCUCAUAAGAAGGCAUGUGUGGGCCCUUUGGUGGUUUUCAAUAUAUCUUGGCCUGUAUGUGCUAAAUGGUUGUGAAUAAGGGUUUUGUGGCCGUGCUAUUAUCUUAUCGCUUCGAUGGGGAAGCGCUUUAUGACAGAUGGUGCAGAGCUUGCUAAUGCUUUUUAUAAAAAUGCUUUUGGGGCAAAUAAUCGGGCGUCUCAGGAUCUGUUUAAUUGCUUGGGAGAUGACGCUUGUAAAUAGUAGAGAAAGAAGUUACUGUCUAUAGCCUUUACUCCGGUUAGCUUUUGAAGUGGUGACUCUACUGUGUGAUUGGCAAUGUGGAUGGAGAAGGGUUGGUGCAGCUUUGGAAAGUUUAAGGUCUGAUAUUUAUAUCUUCUUCCUUAUUUAGGUGAGGAAAAUAAUAUUUGAGUUUUGUUAGGAUUAAUUUUUUUUUUCUGUUUGUAAGUAGGAUGACUUCUUUUGAAACUUGUAUGAAGUAACAGCUUUGAAUUGCUAGUGAUUGAGGAUGAACUUACAUUUCUUAUUCGGAGGA